GCACGGCGCCUGCGGCUCGGUCCCGGCUCGGCGGGCGUCGCACGGCGGGCACGGAGCGGGGGCCCCGCCGCGCCGGGCGGCACAGGACGCAGCGCGCGGACCCACGCCGCGGCCGGGCGCCCGGAGCGGCGCGGCCACUGCCCGGGGGCCGGCCUUCGGCCCCGGCGCUCGGAGCGCGGCGGCUGCCUGGGCUUUAAUGGCUGCUCGGCGGAGCAGCGCCUAGGGUGGAAGGCGGCUGCUGCGGAGGAAGGCGCCCGAGCUAGCCGCCUCCCGGGCCGGCCGCGCCCGCCGCGGCGCGCUCCAUGGGGGCGCGCUCCCCCUGGGCGGCCCGCUGACCCGGGGCGCCGGGGCCCGCUCGCUCGCCCGCCGCGCGUCCCGGCCAUGAACUGAGCCCGCGGGCCAGCCCCGCGCCUGCUCCGCCCGCGCCUUUCUUCUCGCGCCUCCUCUGCCCGUCGCGGGCGGGCCCGGCUCCCCGGGGGCGGCGUUGCCCCGGGCUCGGCGGCCCGCGGGCUCCGGGGCGCGGGGCGGCGGCGGCGGCGGCGGCGGGGGGCGCGCGGCUCCGGGCGCGGCGCCUGCACCAUGAACUACCAGCAGCAGCUGGCCAACUCGGCUGCCAUCCGGGCCGAGAUCCAGCGCUUCGAGUCGGUCCACCCCAACAUCUACUCCAUCUACGAGCUGCUGGAGCGCGUGGAGGAGCCGGUGCUGCAGAACCAGAUCCGGGAGCACGUCAUCGCCAUCGAAGACGCCUUUGUGAACAGCCAGGAAUGGACGUUGAGUCGCUCUGUCCCGGAGCUCAAAGUGGGAAUUGUGGGUAACCUGGCCAGCGGCAAGUCGGCGCUGGUGCACCGGUACCUGACCGGCACGUACGUGCAGGAGGAGUCUCCUGAAGGUGGCAGGUUCAAGAAAGAGAUUGUCGUUGAUGGACAGAGCUACCUGCUGCUGAUCAGAGAUGAAGGGGGCCCCCCGGAGGCACAGUUUGCCAUGUGGGUGGACGCUGUCGUGUUCGUCUUCAGCUUGGAGGAUGAGAUAAGCUUCCAGACCGUUUACCACUACUACAGCCGGAUGGCCAACUACCGGAACACGAGCGAGGUCCCGCUUGUCCUGGUGGGGACCCAGGAUGCCAUAAGUUCCAGCAACCCGAGGGUCAUCGACGACGCCCGGGCGCGGAAGCUGUCCAACGACCUGAAGCGCUGCACGUACUACGAGACGUGCGCCACGUACGGGCUGAACGUGGAGAGGGUCUUCCAGGACGUUGCCCAGAAGAUUGUCGCCACGAGGAAGAAGCAGCAGCUGUCCAUAGGACCCUGCAAGUCCUUGCCCAAUUCUCCAAGCCAUUCCUCUGUCUGUUCCGCCCAGGUGUCCGCUGUGCACAUUAGCCAGACAAGCAAUGGAGGUGGGAGUUUAAGCGACUAUUCCUCCUCCGUUCCGUCGACUCCGAGCACCAGCCAGAAGGAACUGCGGAUCGACGUCCCCCCCACUGCCAACACGCCGACGCCCGUCCGUAAGCAGUCCAAGCGCCGGUCCAACCUCUUCACCUCUCGGAAAGGGAGCGACCCAGACAAAGAAAAGAAAGGCCUGGAGAGUCGCGCGGACAGCAUCGGGAGCGGCCGAGCCAUCCCAAUUAAACAGGGCAUGCUGUUGAAGCGAAGUGGCAAAUCAUUGAAUAAAGAGUGGAAAAAGAAAUAUGUCACCCUGUGUGACAAUGGCGUGCUGACCUACCAUCCGAGUUUGCAUGAUUACAUGCAGAAUGUUCAUGGUAAAGAGAUUGAUCUGCUGAGAACCACUGUGAAAGUCCCAGGGAAGAGGCCACCCCGAGCCACGUCGGCCUGCGCACCCAUCUCCAGCCCUAAAACCAAUGGCCUGUCCAAGGACAUGAGCAGUUUACACAUCUCGCCCAAUUCAGACACGGGGCUGGGCGACUCCGUGUGCUCCAGCCCGAGUAUCUCCAGCACCACCAGCCCCAAGCUCGACCCGCCCCCCUCCCCUCACGCCAACAGAAAGAAGCACCGAAGGAAGAAAAGUACCAGCAACUUCAAGGCCGACGGUCUCUCCGGCACCGCUGAAGAACAAGAAGAAAACUUCGAGUUUAUCAUUGUGUCCCUCACUGGUCAGACGUGGCACUUCGAAGCCACCACCUAUGAAGAGCGAGACGCGUGGGUCCAGGCCAUCGAGAGCCAGAUCCUAGCCAGCCUGCAAUCCUGCGAGAGCAGCAAGAACAAGUCCCGACUGACAAGCCAGAGUGAGGCCAUGGCCCUGCAGUCGAUCCGAAACAUCCGCGGGAACUCCCACUGCGUGGACUGCGAGACCCAGAAUCCCAACUGGGCCAGUCUGAACUUGGGAGCCCUCAUGUGCAUCGAGUGCUCGGGGAUCCACCGGAAUCUCGGCACCCACCUUUCCCGAGUGCGAUCUCUGGACCUCGACGACUGGCCGAUCGAGCUCAUCAAGGUGAUGUCGUCCAUCGGGAAUGAGCUGGCGAACAGCGUCUGGGAAGAGGGCAGCCAGGGGCGGACGAAGCCCUCCUUAGACUCCACAAGGGAAGAGAAGGAGCGGUGGAUCCGGGCCAAGUACGAGCAGAAGCUCUUCCUGGCCCCACUGCCAUGCACGGAGCUGUCCCUGGGCCAGCACCUGCUGCGAGCCACUGCCGACGAGGACCUGCGGACGGUCAUCCUGCUGCUGGCGCACGGCUCCCGGGACGAGGUGAACGAGACCUGCGGGGAGGGAGACGGCCGCACGGCGCUGCACCUGGCCUGCCGCAAGGGGAACGUGGUCCUGGCGCAGCUCCUGAUCUGGUAUGGGGUGGACGUCAUGGCCCGCGACGCCCACGGGAACACGGCGCUGGCCUACGCCCGGCAGGCCUCCAGCCAGGAGUGCAUCGACGUCCUGCUGCAGUACGGCUGCCCCGACGAGCGCUUCGUGCUCAUGGCCACCCCCAACCUGUCCCGGAAGAACAAUAACCGGAACAACAGCAGCGGGAGGGUGCCCACCAUCAUCUGAGGAGCGGCCGUGCCCACCCACCGCCCCGCCACGCCUGGGACGCGGCAGCCUCGCCACCGUGCACGUGAAGUCGCAGCACGUGAGUCCCGUCGCGUCCCCUCACUGUUCCCGGUGGUCACCUCCCACCCACCCGCCCACUCUCACCCAAAACGAAAUCACAAAACCUGGACAUCCUCAGAGGGCGAAGAGGAGGCCAGGAGGCUGCAGAAUCGAUUCCUUUUCAUAAACUCCCCUAAACAACAAGCAGGAGAGACCGACGGGGCCUUGGUUCUUUGAUGAUAGCACACGGUGCGGGACCCUUGUCCUGGUGGCACAAGGGACGGGGACUCGAGGGGGAGGGGAGGUGAGGAACAAGAAGGGGCAACUUUCCUUAACUGGCAGUUAAGCACAUCAGUACAUUUCACCUCUACCAAACGGAACACUUGGAUUUCAUCUCUUCUCCGAGGAGCUUGACGGCAUAAAUCAGAGGCAAGCACAGAGUUUGUCAGGUUUGAAGCCCCUAUGAUGGUAUGUGUCAAAUCAGUUGUAGCUAAUCUGUCCAGGGAGAAUACUGGCUUCAUUACACUUGUAUAGUUGAGUUCUUCCAGCAUUACCGCUGUUUAAUAGAACAUGAUUAGUCAUCACCGAGAAGAAAGCAUAUUAGCCGAGGAGGUAGUUACGCGGCACGCUCCGGUGAUUGCCACGAUGUGAUUGCAAUACUCUUAGAAGCAUCAUAUUAUCCCAGACAUGUUCUUUCAAGCCCUUGGAGCCCUCCUUUCUAAAUUCACUGUCAUAAUUUAGUAUCUGUUUAAUUUUUCAGUCCAAAGAGAGGAAAUCAGUUGCUGAGUAUUAUUUGACUGCAGUCUCCUUGGUGCAAAAAACAAAAUGGAAAAAAUAAAUAAGAAUAACUCAGAAAUUCAAAAGGAAAUCACAAAUUCAGCUAAUAAUAGCAUUUUGAGUACAUUUGGUAAACCGAGUAAAUACAUAAAAGGCUAUUUUUUCCAAACAUAAGAGAUAUUUUAUGUCCUUUUGCCAAGGUGGAUGUGUUGGGUCUCAGCCACUCCUGGGCCGUGUUGCCCGAGUCACGCAGGCUUCUGUAUUGUGUCUUUAGAUAAGAUGUGUGAAAAUCUAUUUGAAUAAAAGAAGUUCAUAAAUAUGCAUU